CCCAAACAGACGCGUCUCAGGCAGAGCUACCCCCACCUCGUCUGCGCGUUUCUUUCUCGUAUUUGCACCCUCGACUGCGAGACACGGCAGCUAGACUUGUUGCCCUGCUCUCGACAACUCACAUCAUAUAACUUAUUGCAUAUACUGGACUAAUCGCGUUUUUUCGUUGGGCUGGGACGCCUCGAUGUCGACGGAGACCGAAGACCCGAGAGGAACGCUCUCAAGGACCAUGUCGGAGCUGUCAAUAAGCUCGCCAGGGUCGGCCAGCGAGGACUGGGACCGCUCUGAGUACCCACAGGGCGAGGCAGCGACUCCGAGGAAUUCGGUGGCAUUUCCUGGAGAGAAGGGCGCGGGCGAGGAAGGCGAGACGCCAACUGGAGACGGAAAGGGGAAGAGGACGCUGAGCGAGCUCAUGAAAGUGUACGCGGAGAAGGGAACGAGUGUGAAAUUCAGUCCAGAGGAGGCAGCGAGACUAGCUGAAGUCUUAGGGCAAUGGAUAAACUCGGAAUCAUCCCCAUACGAGGGCGAAGACGAUUUCUUCUCGAAAUCCCAAGACGACCUGUCAUUACCAAAACGCUCGCCUUCGACCUCUGCUGACGGCCGGCCCCGGGGGCAAAGCGAGAGCCAGGCUAAGUCAUGACCCGUCCGACUCGCCUCGCUCCAAACCCUCUACCCCGGAGGUACAAUGCUUGCCCAUGGCUAUUCGUCAGCGUAGAUCGCUCCAUGUUGUCCAGUUAUCCGAGUCCGUUGGCCCACGACAAUCUAUUCCCCUCGGUUCGGUGCUUAUAUUUAUUAUUAUUGAUUUCGCGUUCUUCCUCACCCGUCACGACCUUUCACGAGCUUUACGACCCCUUCAUGACCUUUUGGGACGGUGUCCGGCGUAGGUAUAUACGGGAUCCUGUUGUACUUCUGAGCCAACUUGAUCUUGCUACUCACAUCUCUGCCUUUCUCCGCGAACGCCACCUCGUC